CCCUCUUCCUCCCUCUUCCCUGGGCCUGUUUCGCGCUGUCCCUGUCUUUUCUCCUUCUCACCGGCCUCUUUUUCCCUCAUCCUUUCUCUCAUUGCCCUCCCUUCCGCCUUUCUCACCCCUCUGUCCUUUUGAGCUCUUUUUUGCUCUGUCUCUUCAUUUACCUUUUGCACUUUCAAACUCUUUCAUCUUCCCAUUCGUUGUCUGUAUUUCUCCAUAACUAUAUGUUUCUUCCUCUGUCUCCACCCACCCACGUUUUUCUCGUUCCCUUUCCCUCUUUGGGGACCCUCCCCCAUGCUCCCCUGCCCCAUCCUCCUUUCCCCUUCCCGUCUUCUCAUCCCUCCAUUCCCAUCUUUCCUCAGCAAUUACCAGCUCUGGCUGGGUCGCCACAACUUGUUUGACGACGAAGACACAGCCCAGUUUGUUCAUGUCAGUGAGAGCUUCCCACACCCUGGCUUCAACAUGAGCCUCCUGAAGAACCACACCCGCCAAGCAGACGAGGACUACAGCCACGACCUCAUGCUGCUCCGCCUGAUGCAGCCUGCCCAGAUCACAGACGCUGUGCAGGUCGUGGAGUUGCCCACCCAGGAACCCGAAGUGGGGAGCACCUGUUUGGCCUCUGGCUGGGGCAGCAUCGAACCAGAGAAUUUCUCAUUUCCAGAUGAUCUCCAGUGUGUGGACCUCAAAAUACUGCCUAAUGAUGAGUGCGCAAAAGCCCACACCCAGAAGGUGACAGAGUUCAUGCUGUGUGCCCGACACCUGGAAGGUGGCAAAGACACUUGUGUGGGUGAUUCAGGGGGCCCGCUGAUGUGUGAUGGUGUGCUCCAAGGUGUUACAUCAUGGGGCUACAUCCCUUGUGGCACCCCCAAUAAGCUUGCUGUCAUCGUCAGAGUGCUGUCAUAUGUGAAGUGGAUUGAGGACACCAUAGCGGAGAACUCCUGAAUGCCCAGCCCUGUCCCCUACCCCCAGUAAAAUCGAAUGUGCAUCAAAAAAAAAAAAAAAAAA